UUCUGCCUAGUGUGGGUCCCAGGAUGUCUAGCUUCUGAUACUAGGAAGCCCUUUCAGAUCCAGGGACUGAAGGGUUAUUACUGUGGUGCUAGAGCUAUGCAGCUGGAGCAUUGUCUUUCUCCCUCUAUCAUGCUCUCCAAGAAAUUUCUCAAUGUGAGCAGCAGUUACCCACAUGCAGGCGGAUCUGAGCUUGCCUUGCAUGAUCAUCCCAUUAUCUCGACCACUGACAACCUGGAGAGAAGUUCACCUUUGAAAAAAAUUACCAGGGGGAUGACGAAUCAGUCAGAUACAGACAAUUUUCCUGACUCCAAGGACACACCAGGGGACGUCCAGAGAAAUAAACUCUCUCCCGUCUUGGACGGGGUCUCUGAGCUUCGUCACAGUUUCGAUGGAUCUGCUGCAGAUCGCUAUCUGCUCUCUCAGUCCAGCCAGCCCCAGUCUGCUGCCUCUGCUCCUAGUACCAUGUUCCCUUAUCCCAGCCAGCAUGGACCUGCUCACCCAGCCUUCUCCAUCGCCAGCCCCAGCCGCUACAUGGCUCAUCAUCCUGUGAUCACCAACGGAGCUUAUAACAGCCUCCUGUCCAACUCUUCUCCGCAAGGCUACCCCACGGCGGGCUACCCGUACCCCCAGCAGUAUGGCCAUUCCUACCAAGGGGCACCUUUCUACCAGUUCUCCUCCACCCAGCCGGGGCUGGUUCCCGGCAAGGCUCAGGUCUACCUGUGCAACAGGCCACUCUGGCUGAAAUUUCACCGGCACCAGACGGAGAUGAUCAUCACAAAGCAGGGAAGGCGCAUGUUCCCUUUCCUAAGCUUUAAUAUUUCUGGUCUCGACCCUACGGCUCACUACAAUAUUUUUGUGGAUGUAAUUUUGGCGGAUCCCAAUCACUGGAGAUUUCAGGGAGGCAAAUGGGUUCCUUGCGGCAAGGCGGACACCAAUGUACAAGGAAACCGGGUGUAUAUGCAUCCCGACUCCCCCAAUACGGGAGCCCACUGGAUGCGUCAGGAAAUCUCCUUUGGGAAACUAAAACUUACAAACAAUAAAGGAGCAUCAAACAACAACGGGCAGAUGGUGGUUUUGCAGUCCCUUCACAAGUACCAACCUCGCUUGCAUGUGGUGGAGGUGAACGAAGACGGGACGGAGGAUACCAACCAGCCGGGCAGAGUGCAGACAUUCACGUUCCCCGAGACACAGUUCAUUGCCGUCACCGCCUACCAAAACACCGAUAUCACACAGCUGAAAAUAGAUCACAACCCUUUCGCAAAAGGAUUCCGAGACAAUUAUGACACGAUCUACACGGGCUGCGACAUGGACCGGCUGACGCCUUCUCCCAACGACUCGCCCCGCUCUCAGAUCGUGCCUGGGGCCCGCUACGCCAUGGCCGGCUCCUUCCUCCAGGACCAGUUCGUGAGUAACUACGCCAAGUCCCGCUUCCACCCCGGGGCAGGAGCCGGCCCGGGGCCCGGCGCCGACCGCAGCGUGCCCCACACCAACGGGCUGCUCUCCCCACAGCAAGCCGAGGACCCGGGGGCCCCCUCGCCGCAGCGCUGGUUCGUCGCCCCCGCCAACAACCGCCUCGACUUCGCCGCCUCCGCCUACGACACGGCCACCGACUUCGCCGGCAACGCGGCCACGCUGCUGUCCUACGCGGCCGCGGGCGUCAAGGCGCUGCCGCUGCAGGCGGCCGGCUGCGCCGGGCGGCCGCUGGGCUACUAUGCCGACCCCUCGGGCUGGGGGGCCCGCAGCCCCCCGCAGUACUGCAGCAAGUCGGGCUCCGUGCUCUCCUGCUGGCCCAACAGCGCGGCGGCGGCGCGCAUGGCCGCCGGCAACCCCUACCUGGGGGAGGAGGCGGAGAGCCUGGCCCCCGAGCGGUCCCCCUUGCCGGGCGCCGAGGACUCCAAGCCCAAAGAUUUGUCCGACUCCAGCUGGAUCGAGACGCCGUCGUCUAUUAAAUCCAUCGACUCCUCCGAUUCUGGGAUUUACGAGCAGGCCAAAAGGAGGCGGAUCUCCCCCUCGGACACCCCGGUGUCCGAGAGCUCCUCGCCCCUCAAGAGCGAGGUGCUUACCCAGCGGGACUGCGAAAAGACCUGCGCCAAGGACAUCGGCUAUUACGGCUUCUACUCGCACAGCUAGGCGCGGCCGCCGGCCCGCCGUCCUUUUGCACAAUAACUCCUCCGCGUUAGCGCACUGACCCCCGCCCCUAGCUGCCCCAUCCGU